AUGCAUGGCGCUGGUUUAACUCAUUUAAUGUUCUUGCCGGAUUGGGCUGCAAUUUUUGAGAUAUACAACUGCGGUGACGCUGGAUGUUAUUCGGAUUUGGCAAGAUUAAGAGGUGUCAAGUAUUACACUUGGCCAGAGUCAAAGAUUCACUUGAUUCGUUCUGAUGAUGAAGGGGACCAUCCACAGAGCGGGGAGAAGCAUCUGAAAUUCGCCAAUUACCAUGUGGAUCCGAUUGAGUUCCGGGAGCAAGUAAAGAUGAUGAUAGAACAUGUCCGAAAUCAUCCAAAGUUCAUCAACUCCCGACGGAUUCAAAGAAGAAAACAGAAGGAAAUGGAGGCGGAGAAGCUGAAAAAGGAGUUAUAG